GCGGCGAUGGCGACGACGGCUCGGUGCUGGAAAGGGACGCAGUGAAGCUGGCCUCGGCUCGGAUAUGACUAAUGCCUAUUUGAUCGAGGUUUAUUUGCUGCUUAGUAAUUGCACGGGCUUCGGAUGAAUCUUUGGCUUCUAACAUCUCAUCACUCCUUUCACUGAUUUCCAUGUCUUACUUGUAAGGGUUUCCAAACAGCAUCAUCAGGACUGCUCAUUGUCCGAUACGGAUUGUCUAACGGCUGCUCCAGGCCGGACUCUCUUGUCGGUUGACCCGCACUCCUUCCCAGGGGCCAUGGAGGAGGAGGGGCAGCAGAGCUUGGAAUGUAUCCAGGCCAAUCAGAUCUUCCCCAAGAAGUCCCCCGUUCUUGAGGAGGAAAACAUGCAGGUGCCCUUUCCUGAGCUGCAUGGCGAGUUCACAGAGUAUGUGGGGAGAGCAGAGGAUGCCAUCAUCGCAAUAUCUAACUACCGCCUACACAUCAAGUUCAAAGAGUCUGUUGUCAACGUUCCUCUUCAGCUCAUAGAGAACUCGGAGUGUCGGGACAUGUUCCAGCUUCAUGUCACCUGCAAGGACUGUAAAGUCGUCAGGUGCCAGUUCUCCACCUUUGAGCAGUGUCAGGAAUGGCUAAAACGCCUGAACGCAGUAGUACGCCCUCCCUCCCGCCUGGAGGACCUCUUCUCCUUCGCCUUCCACGCCUGGUGCAUGGAGGUAUAUGCCGGCGAGAAGGAGCAGCACGGCGAGCUAUGCAGACCAGGCGAACAUGUGACCUCCUGGUUCAAGAACGAGGUGGAGAGGAUGUGCUUUGACACUCAAAACGCCUGGAGGAUAUCGGACAUAAACAGCAAGUUCAGGCUUUGCCCCAGCUAUCCCCAGCAGCUCCUGGUGCCAGCCUGGAUCACUGACAAGGAGCUGGAAAAUGUGGCAGCCUUCCGCUCCUGGAAGAGGUUUCCUGCUGUGGUUUAUAGGCACCAGACUACGGGAGCUGUGAUUGCCCGCUGUGGCCAGCCAGAGGUCAGCUGGUGGGGCUGGAGGAACGCAGAUGAUGAGCACCUGGUCCAGUCCAUCGCCAAGGCCUGCGCCGUGGACAGCAGCUCCCGCAAACACCUUUCCAAUGGCAACUACACCAACGGCAACGACCUGCCUGAUACUGACUUUGAAUCCUCCAUGACCAACAGCGCAGAGGUGGAGACGUUGGCUACCCAGCCCCACAAGUUACUGAUUCUGGAUGCCAGGUCCUACGCUGCUGCCGUAGCUAACAGGGCCAAGGGGGGAGGCUGUGAAUGCCCAGAGUACUAUCCCAACUGUGAGGUGGUGUUUAUGGGCAUGGCCAACAUCCACUCCAUCCGCAAGAGUUUCCAGUCUCUGCGUUUCCUCUGCACUCAGAUGCCUGAUCCGGCCAACUGGCUUUCUGCACUGGAGAGCACCAAGUGGCUGCAGCACCUGUCCCUGCUGCUGAAGGCGGCGCUGCUGGUGGUCAACGCUGUGGACCGAGACCACAGGCCCGUCCUGGUGCACUGCUCUGACGGCUGGGACCGCACACCUCAGAUUGUUGCUUUGUCCAAGCUGCUGCUGGACCCUUACUACCGCACUGUGGAGGGCUUCCAGGUUUUGGUGGAGACUGAUUGGCUAGACUUCGGCCAUAAGUUUGCCGACCGCUGCGGCCAUGGAGAAAACUCUGAGGACCUGAACGAGCGCUGCCCCGUCUUCCUGCAGUGGCUGGACUGUGUUCACCAGCUGCAGAGGCAGUUCCCAUGCUCCUUUGAGUUUAACGAGGCCUUUCUGGUGAAACUGGUGCAGCACACCUACUCCUGUCUAUUCGGCACCUUCCUGUGUAACAGCGGCAAGGAGAGGGAGGACCGUCACGUUCAAGAGAGGACCUGCUCAGUCUGGUCACUUCUGAGACCGGCCAACCGUACUCUGAGGAACAUGCUGUACUCCACACACUCCGAGACAGUUCUUCACCCAGUGUGUCAUGUACGCAACCUGAUGCUGUGGACGGCUGUCUACCUGCCCAGCUCCUCCCCCACCACCCCCUCCGAUGACUCCUGCGCCCCCUACCCUGUGCCGGGUUGCAACCCUGAGGACGCGCCCUUGGGCAGACGUACGAAGACUCGCUCCUUCGACAACUUGCCCAGUGCAUGUGAGCUGGGAAGCUCGCUGGCUCCUAACCGCCGCUCCAGUGACCCGAGUCUCAAUGAGAAGUGGCAGGACCACCGGCGCUCUCUGGAGCUCAACAUGGCAGUGGGGCCUGAGGGAGGGGGAAACCAGGAUCAGGAGGUGCGGCCUAACGGAGUGGGGCCUUACCCAGACGGAGUGGACUCUGAGCUGGAAGACAGCCCACAGCCCCAGGGCUCGCAUGCUGAGCUCGGACAGGAAGCCUCUGUGAGCACAGCAGAAACCGGUGUGGAAGCAGAGAAGGCGGAGCUCUCUGUGGCGGUGGGCGUGGCUGAGGGCCAGAUGGAGAACAUUCUUAAGGAAGCCACUAAGGAGGAGGCGGGAGCAGAUGUUCAGAGAGAGGGAAGUGCUGCUGUCAUACAUGUCAUCAGCACUGUUGACACAGAAUUCCGGAAGGAAGCAAAAGUUGAAGAGGAUGACAAGUGUGCUAAGGUCAAUGGGACUGAGAUGCAGAGAGAAGCGUUUACCAAUGGUCACCAUCUAGAAAAUGGCAUAAUGGUGGCAGAGGAGGUUGAUGAGUCUCCCUCUCUGCCCACACAGAAGGCAGAGGAGCUGGAUCAACAGGCAGCUCAGGUGACUCAGUCACCAGAGGACCUGGUGAAGCAGGACGCAGAGAACUGUUCUGUACCAGAGGAGCUUGCACAUGGACCCAGCGAGUCCGGCUCAGGUGAGCCCGAGCAGCCUGCAGCCCAUAGAACUAUAACAAACGGCUUUGUGGACAGGUCACCUGAAGAGCCAGGAGUGGAUGAGGAGACCUGCCCUGACUCUGAAUCUGACAACGGUGUCUCCGAGCCAGUGGAGCAGGGGGAUAAGAGGGCCUCCCUGAUGGAAAGCUCCACAGAGACUUUAACUGAAGAAGCCUGUAGCAGGUUAGAGCUACCAGCACAGCCGCCGGUUUGUCCCGGUCAUCAGCCCUGCAGUGAUGGCAGGAACCAACCGCCCUGCUCCAGGAAGGAGAAAGGACUGGAGACAGGCGAACAAGGCUUUAUCAGAACUUUAAACGGGGGCAGCAAGCGGCCCUCGGUCAGUGCCUUUCAGUCUGUGAGUGCUGACCUCAACAGGGAAGGGCUUUGUAACGGCGACAGCUCCGACGGGGAGCCCUGCGGAGGACAUCACUGGGCCAAAGGGAACGGGGAGAGGGUUCCUCUGAGUCGACAGGUGUCCCUAGCAAGCUGCAACUCCCUGAUCCUGCAUCCACGGGGCAGCUGCUCCCAGCACCGCUGGUGCCACACCCUGCUGGGCCGGGCUGCCAUUAGCCCAGAGCAGCCGUCCCGAAGCCAUCUGGAUGACGACGGGCUGACGCUGCACACGGACGCCAUCCAGCAGAGGCUAAGGCAGAUCGAGGCGGGACACCAGAUGGAGGUGGAGACUCUGAAGAAGCAGGUGCAGGAGCUGUGGAGCCGCCUGGAGAAUCAGCAGCACGCCGGCUCCCACAGGAUCAACGGAGACAUGGGAGACGAAGUGACCUCAAUGACAGACUCUGAGUACAACCUGGACCCCAACUGUUUGUCGCGCUGCAGCACAGAGCUAUUCUCUGAGGCCAGCUGGGAGCAGGUGGACAAGCAGGACACCGAGGUGACUCGCUGGUACCCAGACCAUUUGGCAGCCCAGUGUUAUGGCUGUGAGAGCAGGUUCUGGCUCGCCACCAGGAGGCAUCACUGCAGUGGCAGGGAGCCUGUCCAGGAGGUCUGGAACUGCGGUAACGUGUUCUGUGCCAGCUGUUGCGACCAGAAGAUCCCAGUGCCAAGCCAGCAGCUGUUCGAGCCCAGCCGCGUCUGUAAGACCUGCUACGGCAGCCUCAAGCUCAGCCCGGCUCCCCUGGACCUGGACCUGGAGCUGGAGCUGGACAAACCCAUCACGGCCAGCUCCAACUGAGUUUCAGGAGGAAACUGGAGAGGAUGAGCCGCCAGAUGCAGACACGGGCGCACUGCUGGAGAAGAGCACAGGAGCUACACAGAAUGUCCCAUGUCCCAUGUACUGUGUGUGUGUGUGUGUGUGUGUGUGUGUGUGUG